UGCGCGCGCAGUUGCCGGCGCCGCAAAAACACGCGCUCACGUUUCCAUGCGUCUCUGCGGUCAGAUGCUCUUCUAUGCUCUUAUUCAUAUUGGCCAAUCACUAGUAGGCUGAUAGGAGGUAAUUGGAUAAUUAUAUUUCACCUACCCGAGACGCCACCAGGAGAUUUGUUAUAUAAGAAGAAACUAAAGUAAGGACUGUAUACUUAUUACAGAACCAUACGCGCUGCUCUGUGAGAGUCAGUGAGCAUCAGUGGCGUUGGAGUUCAAGUCACGUUGCAUCAGAGUAGAUGUGCUCAUACGCUGUGCCAUGGAGGCGAGAGGAAGUGGACAGGUCUGUGUAUAGCGCGAGACAUUUUAACCUCAUUUGCAAUCAUCUCUAGCAGGACUUCAUCACGACUAGAGAAGAUUCUCCUGCCCACGGGAUUUUUAUAGCCAUUUCUUUCUUCAUUCACCCUGUUCUCAUUGCGCCGUGAACGUCGAUAUGGAAUGAACGGGAAAACCUAGUCAGUGUGGAUCUUCGUGGCAUCGCCUCCUGUGAUUUGCUCGCCCCAGAGUUCCGGGACGCAAUGGGUUAGAUAGAAGUCACGGAUGGACCUUCAUUUACACAGAGCACGAGUUUACGUUCAUCUCACAAGGAUUAUACAAAAGACACUUGACUUUUUUUAGAGCAGCUGUUUGAUAAGAAGUGAAGAGGACCUCUACAUUUGAUUCUCUCCGCGAAUUCAGUGAAAGCAUCGGCAUGCGCUUUUGGAGGAAGACGCCGUGGGGUCUUUUGUAUGAACUAUAGGCUUAUGGCGAGGAUUCGCUUGGAAACCUCGGUGUGAUUAAAUUGACCCCCCACCCCUUUUUCUACGUUCUCAAAUGGCUAACGCGCCAAACCAUUCCCGGGGCCGUAAUGAUAGUUAAGGGAGAUAAGUCUUGAAUUCCGCACUGUUCUGUGAUAAGAAAUUUAAUCAGAUACUGGAUAAAAAAAGAAGGAAAAAAGUUCCAACAUAAAACACGACGACGGAAUGAACCAGUCUGGGUGCUUUCCUUUUACUUUCUGGAAAAGGACGGAAAGGGGAAUGAGGAGAGAGCGGUCAGUUUCAGCAGUAAUGGGCUACUGUUGAAGGAGAUGCUGUAAGUGAUGGCGAGGCUGUGCAUAAAACCAUAAUACAGAUCCUUAAUUAGCUUUAUUUAAGAAUGGAACACCAACGCCAAACGGGAUCUGAUUUUAUUUUUAAGUAGUGACAGGAAAAGUGCUGGCUUCAGUCGUAACGAUGGACAAAUCGGUGUCCAGUUAAUACGACAUGCUUUUGUACUGCAUCACAAAGUGGCGCGUGUCAGUUUGAUAUUUCAUCGUGUGGAAAAAGUACACCGAACAGCAUAUGGAUGCGCAUGUUUCAGAUUUCAGACUUAGUGGAGAUUUUUGGCUCCGAGGUGUAGUCUAAAGAAAAACUGUCCGCAGGAGAAUUGCGGAUGGAGUUUCGUCGCGUUUGUCGUGGGGAAGGAGUCCAAGUGUGCACUCCCUGCAUUUGACUGAUAUUAAAAAAAAAGAAAAGGUGGGCCACCAAGUGAAACUGAGUGUGAAGAUGUCCAGAGACUGCUGGCACUGUGGAUAAUUUGGCAGCUUUCACAUUACAACGCACCCCAAAGAGUGGACAGCCAUCCUACGAAUUAUGAAUGUUGAACAAGAUGACCUUCUUCCCACAGCAGCAGACGAUGAGAGGUCCUAGGUGGAACCGGGCCUUGUCCGACCCAUUGUUUAUACUGUUGUUAGCCUUGCAAUUGCUAGUGGUCGCUGGCUUGGUGAGAGCCCAGACUUGUCCAUCCGUCUGCUCUUGCAGUAAUCAGUUCAGUAAGGUCAUCUGUACGCGUCGUGGCCUGCGAGAUGUACCAGAUGGUAUCUCUACAAACACCAGGUACCUAAACCUACAAGAAAAUUUAAUCCAGGUGAUCAAAGUAGACAGCUUCAAGCACUUACGUCACCUGGAAAUCCUGCAGCUCAGCAAGAACCAUAUCCGUAGCAUUGAGAUAGGAGCCUUUAAUGGGUUGGCCAGCUUAAACACACUGGAACUCUUCGAUAACAGGUUAACUACAAUACCUAAUGGAGCAUUUGAGUAUCUGUCAAAAUUAAAGGAGUUAUGGCUGAGGAAUAAUCCCAUUGAGAGCAUACCAGCCUAUGCCUUCAACCGGGUGCCCUCCCUGAGAAGACUGGAUUUGGGUGAGCUGAAAAGGCUCUCCUAUAUUUCUGAAGGUGCUUUUGAAGGCCUAAGCAACCUGCGUUACCUGAACCUUGGCAUGUGUAAUCUAAAGGAGAUCCCUAAUCUCACACCUCUGGUACGCUUAGAUGAGCUGGAGAUGUCAGGAAAUCAGCUUUCAGUUAUACGUCCAGGUUCUUUCAAAGGCCUUGUCCACUUGCAAAAACUGUGGAUGAUGCAUGCUCAGAUCCAGACAAUUGAAAGGAAUGCCUUUGACGAUCUUCAGUCACUUGUGGAGCUGAAUUUGGCUCAUAAUAACCUUACCCUGCUCCCUCAUGACCUAUUCACUCCGUUGCACCAUUUGGAGAGGGUGCACUUGCACCACAAUCCGUGGAAUUGUGACUGUGACAUUCUCUGGCUUAGCUGGUGGCUAAAGGAAGUGGUACCAGCCAACACCAGCUGCUGCGCUCGCUGCAGUACCCCUGCAAGCCACAAGGGAAGGUACAUUGGUGAGUUGGAUCAAAAUUAUUUCCACUGUUAUGCACCUGUCAUUGUGGAGCCACCUGCUGAUUUAAAUGUGACAGAGGGCAUGGCUGCAGAACUAAAAUGCCGAGCAAGUUCACUGACAUCAGUCAGUUGGAUUACACCCAAUGGGUCAAUCAUGACUCAUGGAGCAUACAAAGUACGCAUUUCGGUUCUGAAUGAUGGGACAUUAAACUUUACAAAUGUCACAAUGCAGGACACAGGGACAUAUACAUGUAUGGUUAGCAACUCAGCAGGCAACACCACUGCCUCUGCUACACUAAAUGUAUCAUCAACAGAGAACAGCAGUUUCAGCUACUUUACCACAGUGACAGUAGAGACGAUCGAGCCAACCAAUGAUGAAGGGCACACAAUAGUACACCAGAAAGUGGGUCCAACUCCUUCUUCUGGAGUGUGGGAGACAUCUUCUGCACCUUCAUCAACCACCACCACAACAACCCGAACACAAGUCUCCACCAAGGCCACAGAAAAAACAUACACCAUCCCAGUCACAGCACUGGGAGAUGGCUCCCUCAACACCCUAGAUGAGGUGAUGAAGACCACUAAGAUAAUCAUUGGCUGCUUUGUGGCCAUCACACUAAUGGCUGCAGUUAUGCUCAUCAUCUUCUACAAAAUGCGCAAACAACAUCACCAGCAGAAUCACCAUGCACCAACACGAGCCAUGGAGAUCAUUACUGUGGAUGAGGGCUGCAUGACUGCUAGACCAACCAUGGAGGAUCAUCUGACUAUGCCACCACUUGAGCAUGAGCAUCUUAACCACUACAAUACUUACAAGACAACAUACAAUCAUGCAUCCACCAUUAACUCUAUACACAGCUCUGCACACGAACCUUUGCUUAUUCGGGCCAGCUCAAAAGACAAUGUACAAGAAACCCAGAUCUGAACUCUUUUUCAUAAUGGUAAAAAAAAAAAAAAAAAAAAAAAACAACUCAAAACAAACUAAAAGAAAAAUAUCUGACAUUUUCAAUCUAAAGAAAAUGGCUCAAGGUACUGAUGAUAUGGAAGUCCAUGAGCAACAAAAAGCGAAUGAUGAAGGCAAUUCAAUGACUGUGGGCGCUAGGGUAUGUUAAUUGUUUCAAAGUGUCUUUACCUAACAGAAGUUAUUUAUUUAUGAAAAACUCUAUUGUGGUUAUUUCAAGACAAAAAAAACAUUCUGCAAUUAUUUUUCCAGCAAUCAUUACACCAUGUUUUUUUUUUAGGAUUGGUAAGAAUGGUUGGUUUACUAAUAUGUUUUAAAACUCUCAAUCCUCACAAUCUUUCAUUUCAUACUAUGUGCUGAUUCAGUAAGUUGUUCAUGCCUAACUAUGAAAUUUCCUUCUUGAUUGUCAUGAUUUAUUUAUUUAUUUUAUAAGUCACCACUUUUAAAAUCCCUGCAUGCCAGUUUAGAAGCAACUGUACCACACCAAGCAUCCUAAUGACCAGCUGCUAAUUCCAAUGAAUUUCCUGCUUGAUUAGAGCUGAUCAUGUCAUUGUCAGAACAUAUUGCUCUGGUUUUGAUUAAAUCAGAUGUGUGGUUGGCUUUUCCAUCUCUGAGUUUGGUGACAACCAUGCCAUUAUUUAAAAACAGGUGGAUUUUCUGUCAAAUAUAUGCAUUAUAGUUUGGGUGGAAGGUGAAAAUUUAGGCAUAAUAUAAACCAAAUGUGCUUAAUAGCAAUUUGGAAGGAAUGCUUGUGCUUUAUCCUAAAACUUGAUAAUCUUAAAAUUCUCCUGUAUCAUCUAAAUUAUUUCUUUCAUCUAAAGAAAUAUCUGAAUGAUGUCAGUACCCCCAAAUUUUACCCUACAGAGAUCACUGUGCAUUUCCAUAAAGUAUUUUCCCAGUUGUACCUGUUUGUACCUGUUGUUCAAGAUUCCUUCACCUUGACAAGUUGACAAAAGUCAUUCAAGAUUAAUCACAGUUGAACAUUUUUUCCACUUUUCCCACCACAUUUUGCCUAUAGUAUUCCAUUUAUGAUUGCGUCUCAGACAAAGCAUGGAUUAGGACACAGGCCCAAGGAACAAUAUAUAUAGCCGUGGCUUCAAGCAGAUGUUAGGUUUGCAUCUGCCGCAUAGAUGGCACCAUUUCCAUUUUAAACAAGUCAUGGAGUGUGCUGAGACACACUUUCAAAUACGUCAAUCCUGGGAGCCAUUCAAAGCCUGAUGCAUGAAUCAAUAAGCCAUCAAUGGGAAGUCAGUGCUAGUGCCCUUCAAAUCUAAUGCUAGCCAAAGAUUCCCCAGGUGUCUCUUUAUAGAUUAUGUGAACUGAAACUUUUCCAUGCCUCCAUUUUUACUGUUAAAUUUGUUUAAACAAACAGCAUCAAAACAUUUAAAACAAAUUAUGCUAUGCAAUUAUGCAAUGCAUCCCACUGCUGAUUAAACGAGUAAGUCUCAAGAAGUCUAUAGCCAGAAAAGCAUCCUCCAAUAAUGCGAAAUUAUUAUAAUGAGUUGGCCAACACAGUCACUAUGGUAACGAAUGACCUUGAGUGAGAAGGUAAUAGCUGAUGGAGCACCCACUGACCUGACAGUUUAAUGUAUUCAGAGCUAAAGUACAUGGAGAGACCCGCAUUAGUGCCAAAAGAAGACUCAUUUGAAGUGCAUUGUUCAGAUCAUAAAACCAAUCUUGUAACUGUUUAGCAGGUAAACAUGUUAACAUUAAAUUUCCCUCUAGCAUACUAAGUCAACGUACACAUUGCUUGAACCCAGGAACAUGUUUAAUAAUUAUAAACAAAGUCCCUGCUAGACAACUUCAGUGGGCUCAAAAUUAUGGCUAAAAAGCAUUAGUGAUCAAAGCUCAAACAUCUAUGAGCCUUGAUCAUAGCUUUGAUCUGUUCUCAGAGAAGGAUGAUUAUUGUAAAACAAACAUUUCCAGUAAGACACACACCUGCACUCAAACACAUCACUCACAGGUUCUGGUGUAGGAAGAAAAUCGAAUCACACACACACACAAAAAUAUAGUAAUUCCAAAAUAAUUCAAUUUUGGUACAUGUAAUGUAAUAAUUCAAAAGUCAUAAGAUCAUAAUAAAGCUGAUUAUCCUAAACCUGCUAACCCAAGCCUAAACAUUGGUAAACUAUAACAGGAAUGGACUCAUGAAGCCAUGGUUAUAUAAACAUCUCCUAUGUCUGGUAAAGGUAUCCAUAUUUCAAGUGCUACAUUUCCAAACCCCAUUUCAUAUUCAGUGAUGCCAACCUUGUAAAAUUGAUGAUUAUGCUAGUAAUGCCUUGAGAUCAGCACAUUGUUGUGUGUUUUAUCAACUCUUGCUUUGUUUGUGAACUUAGAUCAUUGUCUUAAAAUUCCAUUCAUAUGAAAAGUCUUUGUCCUUCUGUCUCAUAAUUGUGCUUUGAUUCAAUUUUAGUUCUUUCUCAAAAGCUCUAUGGUAAAUUCUUGUGUGAUGGCUUUUUUUUUCCCUUUUGUCUCAUUAUGAAAGCAUUUGUUUUGUAUUGAAGAAGGAGCAAGUGAGUUUUUCUUUGUUCUGCACAUUUUUUCUUCUUCUUUAAGAAGGAAUGCUGUUCUAGCGAUAGAUUUAUAUAAAAUUACAUUUUGGGGGAAAAAGGGACUUCAAUUUUACAUGUGCCAACCUGUUCUAAAAAAAAAAAAAAUGAAAAAGAAACGUGUUGGAAAACACAAAAUUGAUUUUCAUGUAAGCAUACUUUCAUGACCUUUAAAAAAUCAAUUAUAGAAAAAGGAGUUUGUAGUUCAUACACAGAAAUAUGGUUACAAAUAAACUAUUGUUGUUUUUUUCUGUAUGACCUGCUUUUUAUGGCGGUAUCUGAAAGACAGUAA